AUGUCAAACCGCGUGCUGGAGUUUGCAGGCAAGACAGCUUCUCAAGCCCAGUCACUCGCAGCACGAGCAAGCGAUCACGCGAAAGAAGCGCAUGAGAAGGCAUCAGCCAAGCUGAAGCAGGCGACUCAUCGCAUCGUGCAAGAGAUCAGGGCAGGAAGUCCCAAGGCUCUGAAGCGAACCUCUCCACGAAACCUCGAGGAGGAGGCCGAACGCGAGGAGGCAGAGUAUGCAGGGCCGCUGAAGGCGCUGCUGAAGGAUGUUUGUGAUAGCGCGGGGUUUGCUUUCGGAGAGGUUUGGAUUCGCCCUCGACGGAUCGUGCCUGAACAGGAAGGGAUCAGAGUGCAGUGGGAGUUCGUGAUGCGCUACUCGGGGCAGUACUACAUCAACCCCGUCAAGUUUGCUGAGGCUCGCAACAUUCAGGGAGUGCUGGACUCUUUCCUCAAGAUCGCUCAAGACGUCCGCUACGUCAAGGGCCAGGGCAUCCCCGGGUUGGCGUGGGCACGAGGGGACACUAACUGGCAGAAUCUGUCGGCUUAUGAGGUGUUGGACGAGCAGCUGCAGGCGGACGGCAGGAGCGAAGUGAUGAUGAAGAUGUUCGACGCGUCGGUGGCUGUGCCUGUGCGGCAUCCUCACCUCUCCAAGGUCAUGGCCGUCAUGGUCUUCUACCGCCACCGCGGCGAAUCGCAGGAGGCGAUGCCGGCCAUGCUCGACCCCACGAAGAACGAGAACCUCAAGCGGCUGCUCGACCAUGCCUGCUUGGUCGCCCCCAAGGCUGUUGACUACCACGACCUCCUCCCUCAGUGGAAGAACGCGCAGCAUGCGUGGGCAGAGGCUCUGAUGGAGGAAACGGGGUCUGAUCUUCAGAGAGACGAGGAAGAGGCGGACGAAGACUUCAACAUGUACAGCUUCACAGAUUCGAGGUACACGCUCUUCCUGCGACGGCAGGGAGCGCAAGUCACGGCAGCUUUCAUGAAUAUGAAGCAGCAGCUCGAAAGCCGGAGCAGGACGCUGACGGCAGUAGAGGCUGAAUGGGCCAAGGGGAAGUUUGCAUCGCAAUUCACCGCGUACUUGGGGAAGUUCAAGGGAACUGGGGGAGCGCCGCCUGCCAAGACGGAUCGCAACUACUGCAUGUGGACAUUCCUGGGAAGCUUCUUAGCGAUCGUGUCGAUGACGUACCUCGACUACCGCGUUGGUUUCUACAUGCACAAUGAGUACCCGCUCUACGCGCUUGUGACCUCCUUCUCCGCUGUUGCUCUGAUCUUGUUCUCGACCCCAACCUCUCCCUUCGGACAGCCGAGGAAUGUCUUAGGUGGCCACAUGCUCUCAGCAGGCAUCGCAGUCUUCAUGGACUCCAACAAGCCAGACUUCAUGCCACAGGCAAGACUUCCCUACGUCAUGAACGCGCUAGCACCCACUGUGUCGAUCAUGGUCAUGACGUACACAGGGCUGAUGCAUCCUCCGGCAACUGCUUGCUGUACCAUCUUUGUGAGUGGAGGAGCUCGGGUGAGAGAAGCAGAGCUUGACUGCGACGGGAAUGACGAGGGAGAGCAGCUGAAGCAGUUGGGCUACAUCUACAUCCUCUUCCCCGUCUUAGUUGACUGCCUUAUCAUGACGACGUUGGCCCUACUGGUCAACAACAUGUCGAAGCAGAGGGUAUCUCUCCGCCGCCCCCGCCUUGUCGUCGUCGUCGUCGGUGAGGUCUACCUCGUCGAAUAUGGAGGCAGGGAUGGGGGGGGGAUCUGGCGUUUGGUGUGGAGAGCCUGCCCUUGA